GACCGACCAGCCAGCGCAUCCUGAGAGAUUCUCCCCUGCACUCUGGACAGAGGCUAUACUUCUGAUUUUGCCAUAUAACACAAAGGACAUACUCAUUUUUUGUUUUUUCUUUAGAAGAAGAAAAAAAUCUGUAACAAUGAGAGGACAUUUCUCCAUCGAGUGGAUGGCCCAGAGCAGCCAGCCAGCGGGAUCAGACACUGUCCCGACCCCCGGACCCACAGCCUGCGGGACACAUUCUGAGAGUCUGCCUGGUUUUUACUGCAGACAAAAGUCAGAAAAAGUACCUGAGCAACAGGAAGAGAGCAGGAGUCAGAGCCUGGAUGCAUACAGCCUGAGCACACCCCAGCACCAAACCUCUCACAGUGAUCAAGUGACAGAGGCCAGUUUCAGCAGCGGGACAGAGGAGGAGACCUCCGGGUAUGAGAGUGAAGGGGGUCACUCCCUCUCCCCCUCGGCCCUUCCUGGCUGUGUGUCCACCUCGCCGCCGUCCCCCCCAUCGGGCAGGAAACCUCGCACGGCCUUCACAUCGGAGCAGAUCACCAGCCUGGAGCGGGCCUUCAAGAGGAACGCUUACCUGGGAACACAGGACAAGGCCGAGCUCUGCAAGAAGCUCAACCUGUCUGACAAACAGAUCAGAAACUGGUUUCAGAACAGACGGAUGAAGCUGAAGAGGACUGUGCAGGACGCCCUGGCUCACGCCUGCCAGGCAAACAUCACCUCCCAGUUCAUGCAUUAUCCUGAGCUGCAGUCCUACAGGCCGGGACCCUACCCCAGAUACCACUCUGCAGCAGCAGCAGCAGCACAGGAGGCCCCGGCUGCUGCCCCCUUCGUCCACCCACACAGUCUGCAGUACAGCUCCCGCCUGUCCAGUGUCCCAACGCUGCCCCUGGACUCCUACCAGUACAGCAGCCUCCCGGGGGUCAUGCUCCCCUCUGCCUCGUCUCAACUCAUGGGCUCCUACUCGGCUUAUCCUCAGUACUACUAACACUGGCAGUCCAAUGAAGAUGACGACGAGCAACUGCUGUAAUCGUAACUGAUAUUUUGUCAAACAAAAUAAGAUUGUAUUGGUUUUACUUUUUGAAAAAAAUGUUCUCAUCUUAUCCUAAUAGGAUCGACACUAACAGAAAUGAAUGGUUUAUGAGAAACAGAUCCCAAACAUGGCUGUGAAGCUUAAAUCUUAAUCGGGAAUCAAACAGGGUAGUGUGCAAUAAUGGGAUUUAUGUGUGUACCUCUGCUUGUAUAGUUUGCAUAUAUUUAAAUUUUAAUCUAUGAAGUGAUUGUUGUUCUUAUGUCACUGUGAAAUGACACUGCUUAAAUAAAAGAGUUAUUCA